GUUUCCCUCAGCAGAAAAUUUAAAUACAGAUCUACACUGACAUCAUGGGCAUGUGGUAUCCAAACAACACAAAGCGCCAUGACCGUGCGCAACAGCUCAUCACCCAAACGAAUGACUUUCAGGCCUCCGUCCGUGAUGCAUCAAAGACACAGGACAAUCUUCGGGCAGACAUCCAGGAAGAUGUCGAUGCAGGCCUUAAGAUAAGAGGGUACACCACGAUCACUGCAAUGAUGACCGCGUAUCAGAAAGAUUGGUCUGAGAAAGAUAAGAAGCACUACGAAGACAUGGUGACACAAUUUGCGAACGUGGAAGAGAACCUGGCAACUGAGAUAAAGAUCAUGGGAUAUGUUGCCUCCGCCGCAGGUGUUGUAGGAGGAGUUGCAAAGGCAGGGCUGUUGUUGGAGCACGGCAAAAUUGCAGCUGGCUUUAGGUGUCUUGGGGAAGGGCUUCUGAGGUUGAUCAACAAAGAAACUGAAGCCGCUACGCGCUUGCUGAAGACUGCUGUCACUGCAAUUCAAGAAACGGUCAAAAUCUUAGAGAUCCCGGAAGCUGCUGCCAAGAUCUUGAACGCAAUCAAGUUUAUUGCAAAGGUUGUGGGUGCUAUCGCCAUCGUGCUGGAUGGCAUUCUCAUCGGGUUUGACCUUUAUGAGGAGCACAAGCAGAAAGUGGAGCUCGAAGACGCGAUAAAAGAUCUGAAUGUGAAACGCUUCGUUGCCUGCUUAGUGGGCGAUUUGUAUAGCGCCUAUCGUGUUUACAUGGGUCAUAUCUACAGCAUUACCUCGGAUUUGGCUGAAUCUAAAAAGCCAGAUGAUAGAACGCAACAAAGGAUCAAGAAAGAUAUAGAUCGUAUGACCAAGGGGGCAAAGGCUGUAACAUUCGAUACUGUGUGGAAGAAGCUUCAAGAUAAAGAUGUUGGCGCGUAUACGGAUGCCGAUUACAAGAAGGAGGAACUUGCAAAGAUUAUCUCGAAGGACUCACGGUUUGAAUUCAAGUUCACGGACCCAAAGCACUAGGGAGACUCUCGCUAGCACCAACCCCAGUUUGCGAGGUCAUCUUCAAGCCCAUGUGCAAUGGUGGAGCCUUCUUUGUGAAGCUACCUUUUCUUCGAG